GUAUCUAUUGUCGAAGACUCUUUCGGUACAUUUAAAUGUAACACGAUGGAAAAAAAUUUGAAACUAUUUUUAGUAUUAUUACUGAUGUUUCUGACUUCCUUUCACCCAACGGUACAAGCACAAGAAAACUGUGCUGACUGUCAAUAUUAUGUAUUGGCAAUAGAUACAUCAGGUUCAUUCCAACGUGGAUUUUCAACUCCGGAGAUAGCCGAAACAAAGCGUGCACAAUUUACGAGUUUGGGUUUUUUAACUCCAAAAGGGAUUGAUGCAUGCAACACGUAUCGUGAUAUUGCCUGUGGUGAAAAUUCCGUUUGUACAGCGGACCCUGACUCAGAUUAUUAUUUAUGUAAUUGUAUUGCUGGAGAUCUCAAUGAAACCAGGACAGAAACAAAAUAUACUUGCACCGACAUUGAUGAAUGUAAACUUGAAACUGACAACUGUGAUUCAACAUCGGUCUGUGAGAAUACACCAGGAUCCUUUCAAUGCAAUUGCCUUACUACCGGAUACGCGUGGAACGGACUAACUUGUGAAGACUUUGACGAAUGCACUACAGAAGGAAUUUGUACGAUGGAGAAUUCUUUCUGCGAAAACACCGACGGUUCAUAUAUUUGCAGCUGUAAAGAAGGAUAUCAACUAGAUUCGGACCUGUCUGUGCCACGUUGUUUAGAUAUCGAUGAAUGUUCGAUUGGAAGUGAUGGCUGUGACAAGCGUGUUAUCAGUGGGUUUAUCGUUGGUUUUUGUUCGAAUAAUCCAGGCAGUUAUAUUUGCGUCUGCAAUGAUGGAUUCGCGAGCAAUGGAGACACAUGCGAAGAUAUUGAUGAAUGUGAGGAUCCAAAUGUAUGCGCAGUUAACGAAGUAUGUACCAACACGUUUAUGUCAUAUACAUGCACAUGUAAAGCUGGAUACGAAUUGGAGGGAACAAACUGCGCAGAUGUUGACGAAUGCACCAUGGGUACUCAUGAUUGCGCGAUGGAUAAUGCUGGAUGUAUCAAUAUUGAAGGCGGCUUUGAAUGUUCCUGCUUGGACGGCUAUACCGGUGAUGGUAAAACAUCGUGUACAGACAUUGAUGAAUGUGCAGCAGCCGGAAUAUGUGCGAACGGAGAAUGUAACAAUCUCGACGGAACAUACGAAUGCACUUGUAGCACUGGAUUCUCAAGCGAAGGAAAACUAUGCGUAGACAUUGAUGAAUGUACAUUGGAACAUGGCAAUUGUCAUUUAAAUGCGGAGUGUGAGAAUACAGAAGGAAGCUUUACAUGUGCUUGUAAAGAUGGGUUUCAAGGAGAUGGAAUAUCUUGUGAAGCUGCAAUAACUACGACUACCGAACCGGCUCCUACAACUACGUCUAUCGCACCGGCUCCUACAACUACGUCUAUCGCACCGGCUUCGACAACAACGACAAGUCCCAACGAGCAAACAAAACCUCCAUAUUUGUUACUGAAAAUGUACAGAAGCAACAUGGCUUUCCCAAAUUUGCAGAUAAGACGCUACUAUGAUGGAAAGCGAAAGUUUGCAAGAAAACGAAUGUAUGGUCGCCUGUCUUUCAAACCGCGUUGCAGAUUUUAGUUCUCUAUAUACAGGACAAAUAAUUCCUUCUAAGCUUAGUUAAAAUACAAAAUGACUUAUAAGGGUACUUAUAUAUCUCUAUGUAUGACAUAGGAUCACCAAGCAAACCUAAUUAUAAUUUGAUCAUUGUAUGUUAUAAACUAUUCGCACACGCUUGAAUUUGAAAAGUAGUCUUGUAGUACGUAGUCUAUGUGAGUAUUUGUGUAACCUUAGCUUUGAGUAGAUAUUUUUUUCAACAAUAUUUGAAUGAAUAACAUAUAUAAUAAUCUCUGCCGUAAAGGUUCAGAAUGAAUAAAAAAUUUUCAACCAAUGUUACCUUAUCGAGCUUUUAGAAUCAAUGCCAUAUAUGAGGUAUUUUUUGUUACGCUUGAUUCGAAUGUCGGCUCAAGUACAUCGAGUCGUGUUUGAACCAAACACAUGCCCCGCCACGGAACAAAAUUUUGCGUAUUCAUGUAAACUAUGUAGAAGACUUGUGUUUGAUGUAUAUGGUAUUAGGAUUAGCAAUAGCAUAUCAAACUCAGCUUAUAGUCGUGGUAACACGUGGCGUCAUUCAAUCAAAUUUUGUAAUGUUUGUUACUUUGUAUAUGAUUUAUCUUUCAAAACGUUUUACACAAUCAAAUGACUGCACUUAUUACAGUAGUUGUACUCUUGGAAUAGAAAAUAGAAUUCA